AUGGCACCUACGCUACGAAGUGGCGGACAGUCAACGAGUGACUCGGCGACGCGGCCUGCGUCACCUCAGGUUAUGAGCCCAACUAGGGCACUGCAGGCGAUUGAAGAAGGGUCUGGCGCGCAAUGCGCUGGUUCUCAAGACCAAGGACAUGUUCUCGCGUGUCAAGACCAGGUCCAGCAGACAUUGGUUGAAAAUACAGCCAAUAAGGGUGAUGCGACAAUAUCGCAUGAGGAAGCGGAGCACCUCAUACGCUCAUUGGCUGGAAUUCGUGGCGGACGACCGCUCAUCCGCGUGUUGCUUGAAGGUCUUCAGAGCCUUCACCCAAUACAAACCGACGAUUCAGUACCACUCAGAAAUUCUGCCCCGCCGCCACCGAGCGAACCAAGUGGCGACGGCAGUUCCAGUGGAAGCGCGAGCGCCAGCGACCUCGGCGAGUACCCGCGCGAGAACCUGCACCUGGACAACAACUUCCCGGGUGGCCGCUACGACGACAAGGAGCUGGUGGAGUACACCAAGGCUUUGAGGAUCUCACCGGCCAUCCAGUUGCCCAAGCUGCAUACAAAAGAAGACUAUAAGGUGUGGAAGAGUGAAGUGCCUCUUCACUUUGAGCCACGCACACUCGGUGACAUCACCUACGGAGGCAAACGCUACGACGUGGACUUUGGCCUACGCAGGGUCAAAUACACGGAGUGGUACAGAGCGAGAAAGAACAAGGCCUUCUCGGCCUUAGCAUUGUCCUUGUCUGUGGAUCUGCGCUCCACGUUCAAGGUCGACGAGAUACGAGAAGAGAUGGAGGCGGCAUCCAUCUUGUGGAGCUUCAUUACGAAACACUUUGAGGCGGGCGACGGGAUCAACCCUGAUUACUUGUUACGUGACCUCAUGAUGAGGCUGAUGCAACCAAACGAGUCGGUGACUAAGUACGCCGAGGACAUCGAGUUGAAGGUGACCAAGUUGCGCCAGGCCAAGGGCGACUUCGAGGAGUGGCAACAAGCGAGUCAGCUGCUCUCAAACUCUGUGCUUGUCUUCCCGGACGUGACCAGAGACGUCUACGCGCAGCGGAACACCAGAGACAGCAACUGGAGUCGCAGUCGAAGCCAGCUACUGCCCCGCACGGCUCAAGUGGCACAUGUCGGUGCAUCCCAGAGCAAGGACAAGAGUCGCAAGCGUGGUAGUAAGCAGCGCAAGAUUGGUAAGGGCGUUGUUGACAAGAAGGCUCGCAUGAACUGUGGAAACUGUGGAGGAGACGGACACUGGUGGAUGGAGUGCACGGAGACUACGGGCAAGCAGCUCAAGCCAUCGUUGGAGGAGAAGAAGAAGAAGAAGAAGAAGAAGAGAGAGAGAGAGAGAGAGAGAGAGAGAGAGAGAGAGAGAGAGAGAGAGAGAGGGGCAGAACCAACCGCCCACGUCUCUCGUGAACUCAGUGCGUUGUGUACAAGUGGCGAACGGUGCGGCUGCACCGCAAGGGCUCUUCGCAGGGCUAUCGCUCACGGCGCCGGCAUCAACGAGAGUUGCUGCACCCAUUGA